AGAUGCAAGAUAGAAUAGCUCUGUUUAUGUGCAAUCUGAAGCCAGCAAAGAUGCGAGGUAUUCUCUCAGAGGGAAUGAUAAUGUGUGCCAGCACCCCAGAAAAGGUGGAGAUCAUUGAUCCUCCUGCAGGAAGCAAACCUGGAGACAGGGUCAUAUUUGAGGGCUAUUCAGGCACCCCUGAUGAGAUGUUGAAACCAAAACAGAAAGUCUGGGAACAAAUACAGCCAGAGCUUCAUAUCAAUGGAGAGAGUGCUGCCACCUAUAAGGGGACCCCAUUCCAAGUGGAGGGCAUUAAGGGAUUCUGUAAAGCCCAGACAAUGACAAACUGUGGUAUUAAAUAAGAAAGGACUGACUAGAGAUAAAAAAUUCCCAUCUUAAGGCUGCUGUUCGGACAUCAAUUUACUGUCAGAUGUGUUGCAUGAAAUAUUUUCAAGCUUUACAUUGUCAGAAAAAUUUCAAAAUAAAACAAAAUAUGUCAUGAUAAUUGUUUCUUUUGUGACUUAAAAAACUUGUUCAAGGUAAUAUUUUGAAAUAAGACCUCUACUCGAGCUGGAAUUUGUAAUACGGCAUGACGCUACACCAUCAGAUCAAAGGUAUGGAUUUUCUCAAAAUGAGACAAUAGUA